AUGGCGGACGCGGCGCUGGCGAGGGCCGCGCAGCUCUGGUCGCUGCUGGACGAGCUGGCCGAGAACGACCCCCGGGGCUACCGGAGGCUCCUGCAGCAGCAGCGGGCAGAGGCCGAGCUGCUCUGCGCUGCCCCGGAGCCUCACCUGUGCCUGCGGGCGAGCCCCGCGGUGGGUGCGCAGGGUCGGGGCCGCGGCCUCCGGUGCGGGUGCUGCGGAGCGGUGCGCUCAGCCGCGGGUCGGUCUCUUGCAGGGUGGUGCUCGGAGGCCGCUGUUCAUCAAUGUGUGCAGCUGGAAGAGGGUCCCGGCCCCCAAAGGCCCCACCGACCCCACGCCUGUCAGUGCGGGGCCGCUGGAACAUACCUUUACAGCAUUAUAGAUGUUGCAUAUAACCCAGAGGUUCUUCAGAGGGGACAAGAAAACCCAGAGAAAAUGGAGCACUUGAUCCAUUUGACACUUAAAUUUGUUGAGGAACGAUGCAACCUUACUCUUUCUCAUUUGUACACCAUCGAAUCAUUCAAAUGCAAGGGAAGCCUGGAAACGAUGCAACAGCGUCUGAGAGGAAGGCAGAGGCCAGCUCCACAUCUCAGUCAGAACACAAAGAAGGAACUAACACUUGAGGAGCUGCUACGCACUAUGGAAGCUGAGGACUGCAGCAAUGCUUCAGUCCUGCUGAAGGAAGAACAUGUGAUGCAGUCAAAAGGGCAUCUGAUAGAGGAAAUUGCUAGCACUGAAAUGCCAGAGAAGCUCAAUACCCCUGUCUAUGAAAUGAUCACUGUAAAGGAUGCAAACAAGAAACCACUCAAAAUUGAACUCAGAAUUGAAUUGCCUAAGGUUAGCUCUGUUUCUGAGUGUGAUCUGAGAAUUUCAAAGGAUGACAUAGUCAUUGAAGUCCCUGGAAAAUACAAAUUACAACUAGAGCUGCCAGAACUGGUGGAUGAAGAAACAACUACAGCUGUAUUUAACAAAGGAAAACGGAUAUUGUUUAUCACAGUGCUGGUUGCCAAGCCAGAUCCUUGAAGACUGCAUUCUGUCCAGUUCAUGUUUACAGAUGCCAGAACAAGAAAAAGCUCAGAAUGAGAAUCCUAACUUUUAGAUGGUGAUGAGCUGUGUUUCUUUAAACUUCAGGGGUGAAUACCUCGAGUGCAUGUAGAAAAGGAAGUCUGAAGGAACAUUAACACCACAAAAGUUAGGACAAAAGUAAGUUUAAAAAUUGCAAAUACUCAAGGAGUGACUUGAAUAUGUUAACAGCUGUAGUAAAAGACCAUAAAUGCAUACAUGCUUUACCGCAUCAUUCAUUUUGCCUUAAGGUACAGCAGUUAACAGUUGUGAAGUGUUUUUGCAGAAUAAAUUGAUUACUGGAUAAACACGGUUAUUCAGGUCUCACGUGUUUAAUACUGGAACAA